CUCAUUAAUAUUCACGUAGAAGUCGUGGAAGCAACAUGACUCGAAAGAAUGUUGGUUUUUUGCUAUUAUGCGUCCUGUGCUGUAUAAUAUCUUCUCUUGCUUUCGUUUUCGAAGAUUGUGGUUCAGAGGUGGGUAAGUUUAGUGAUAUAAUAAUCUCAAGCUGUGACCCAUCUGAAGAAAAGUGCUCAAUAAAUCGUGACAGCAAAGUACAUGUGUCCAUGAAAUUUACACCAAGCGUAGAUGUGAACAACGUUGAAGCGAAAGCAUUUGGUGUGUUACUCGACGUGCCUGUGCCUUUUCCAUUAGAAAAACCUGAGAUAUGCAAGGAUCCAGAUUCUGGGGUUAAAUGUCCUUUGAAAAAGGAUGUGGAAGUUGAGUACAAAGUUACAUUCUUUGUGGAAAAGACAACUCCAGCGCUAAGUCUCGACGUUAUGUGGGAGUUUAGAAAUGAGAAAGAUGAAAAGAUAACAUGUGUAAAAUUCCCGGCAAAGAUUAAAAGCAACGCAGUAGCAUUAAUAGCCGUGCGAAAGUCGUACAAGCAGCAACAGCGUAUCAGCAACAUGAACCGAUCAAUGAGCGGCGUGCUUGCGCUUCUAUGCGUUUUGUAUUGUUCUGCGUUUUGUCUCGCCGUCGAAUUUGAAAAUUGUGGUUCAAAUUUGGGGAAAUUUACGAAAAUAUUGGUCUCGGGAUGUAAAGAAUCGGAUGCACGCUGCAAUUUAGUGCGUGGCACUAACGCAUCGAUAACUAUUACGUUUGUACCGAAUAAAGACAUCCCUACAGUCGAUGUACGCGUAUAUGGUGUAUUGUUUGAUAUUCCAGUACCUUUUCCUCUAACUAAUCCUGAUGCAUGCACGGAUUCUCAUGAUGGACUCAAAUGUCCUCUGCAUAAGGAUCAAGAAUAUACUUACACAACUUCAUUGUUCGUGCAGAAAAGAUUCCCUUCGUUGAAUGUGGAUAUUAAGUGGGAAUUUGUGGACGGAAAUGAAGAGAAAAUAGUAUGCAUAAAAUUUCCAGCUAAGGUCAAGUAAAAAGAAUAUUAUUUUAAAUAAAACCUCUAAAGACGAAUUUGUGUCAUUUUAAAAUAAGAUAAUAUGUUAUUCAAACUUAAAUAUUACUAAAAUGUAU